AUGUCGCACCAUUUGGCUGUCACCCUGUCGCAAAAGCGCCGCUGCUUUGCGGCGCCUGGAGCACGUGACGGGGCAGGCGGGAGGGCGGGCGGCGAGCAGGGUCGCCGCAGCCCGCCGCAGCCCGCCGCAGCCCGCCGCCCUCGGGCGCCUUCGCCGCCUUCCCCUCCUGUCACCCCCGUCUCUGCCAACAGCCGUCGCCCUUUCCCUCUCCCCUCCCGCGAAGCCCCGGCCCUGGGGGCGCCGCCGUCCCCACCCCGGCAGUGGCAGUGGCAGUGGCAGGGGGAAGCCCGGGGCGUCCGGCCUUGCUGGAGCUCAGCUGCGCCAGUCCUAGGAAGCCUAAGAGGUUCAGGCCGUUUUGAGCCAGAGCGGCUUGCUCAGGGCGGAGAGGCCCCGCUUGCCGCACGCACCCGGCGAGAGGGCAGCCACCUGCCGCCCUGGGGACCGCGAGCAGUGGCCCAGGAGGCUGUGAUUCUGGAAAACAGAAGGCAGUGCUGGACAACUAUAGCUCUACGUUUAAGUAUUGUGACAGUGAAUUACUAUGCAAGAGAGAACAUUCCGAGUGAGUCUCAAAAUAGAAAGCAGUUAAUUAAUCUGAGUGAAAGAAGGGUGAUUUCUCGAAGGGUAUUCCAUAUAAAAAGAGUUCCUGAGAGAGAGCGUCCGAGCUCGAGACUGUUACCGAUGAUGUGCACUGACAGUGCAGGGAGCAAGAUGAUGACGUCAUGAAACAGAAAACUAAGACAACUAACUCAUUACAAAAAUAUGGCAAGAUGCAUUCAAGAGUGAUUCAGAAUACAUUAUCCUGUUACGAAGAAGACUGACUUUCUGAAGAAAUUUUUGUGGCUGUGACCUAAGGUUGCUAUGAAUAGACAUUAGAAAAUUAGAGCGCUGGAGAUGCUCUGGAGAUAAUUGAAGAUUUUCACAUACUGCUGUAGGAUGUGGAACUUUCCAUGAUUCUAGGAAAGUCAAAUUCCUGCAAAAGGCUUUGCAAAGAUAAAAACAAAGAGUUUGAGAGUCACAAUAUAGCUGAAGUCUCAGUUUGCGUUUGGAGGAAAGGGAAGUGUAUUGUGAAGGUGAGUCAGAAAUGGGGAUCCCCAGAGAUAUCUCUGCUGAAUUCUACUCCAAAGGCUGCUGCAGGGAUGUCUCUGCUGCGUGCUUCUGGGGUGAGAUUUGACCCACCUUUGGAAAACCUACUGAUGUCGGCAAUACUGUAGCAGACUGCAGAUUUACAGGCAGCUCCCAGCAGGACAUGCGAAAGGCAGGAAGUUACGUCCCUUCUCCACUGCAUCAGUUUGGUCUCAGCAUGUAUUGAGGAAGUUGUUGACUGCAUGACUUGUGAACUGAACUUUUCACUGAUCUCAUCCAAGUUUAAUUUGCCCUUCUGAAAUCUACAGCAAAGACCGACAGAAAUGGGAACUAAUUCCUUUGCCUAAAAACAAGUACAGUUGCGGUGCCAUGUCUGGUGAUGUAGUGUCCAUAUAUCAAAGCUUUCUUUACCUUUAAUGUAUUUGUGGACAUUAUAAACAACUUUGCCAAAUGAUCCUGAAACAAACUUCAUCAGGCACUUUGUCUUAGAUGGUAAUGAUUUUUGGUCACGAUUAGCUUGAUGGCUGUUUUUUUCUUUCCAUGUCUUUAUCUCCUUUCAGAGACAUGUAACUGCACGUGUAACUCUGUCAGGUAUUGAAGUCCUAAGUAGUUAUUAACUUGUACUUAGUAUGCAGUGUGUCUGAAUUAAAAGGGCAGAUCUGUCUUCAACUAAUGAACACUUAAAACAAGAGAGUUACCAGGCAGGUUUAUAGCUAACUCUAAAUGCAUUCUCCCUUCUCAGCAAAGGUGCCUUACGUUCUUGUAUGCCCACAGUCCUUGCUGUGCUGGGGCGGACACCAGUAGUUGAGGGCUUCAUCCACAGGAGAAAAGACAGCUAGUAAGAAUUUUCAGAGAACCUGACAGUUGCCCCAGAUACUAUCAAGACAAAGACAUAUUUGGAAAAAAUGUUGUAUUGAUAUCAAAUACGUUACUGUUCCGCUUUCUUUUGCUCAUUUUCCUUCCAGAUUCUUUUAUUC